GUGUGUGUGUGUGUAUAAAAGUGUAUGUAUGCGCGAUGCACGAGGGACGUCGCAAUCGAACGCAAUCCUUUUGCAACACGCAUCGCCGCUUUUACGAUUGCGAACGUGAAUAUUUCAGCAUCAUUCGUGCAUCAUUUACUGAUUACGCGAUAGAUGUCGAUGUGCAUGUCGUGCGCGCAAAUAUUAUGUUUUCUUCCUUUUUUUGUUUUUACUUUACGUUUUCCUUUUGCGUGCUUAAAUGACUGUACGGCGUUUGCGUAUCGAGUAUGCAAGAGGUUCUGCUAAAGAUUCCUUACCUCUUGUUUGUUCCCCCUCGUUGUUCUCAACACAGCAAAACAGAGACCUAUCCUUCAACGCCGCCUGUUUGGUUCGCCGAAUCCGAGGAGACUAGUGUUACGAACGCUGUACAAAUUUUAAGUAACACAACGGGUCGUGAUAAUCACGUAAUCAACCAAGUCGGCAUCCUUUUGAAAGAGUUAUGUCGACUACAUUCGUUACCGGAACCACCGGAUGUCGAAAGGCUGAGAACCGCCUUAGAUCCCUUACGUUUAGGAGGGUCGAACGAAGCUGUGGCACAGAGGAUGGACGCGGAAGACCUAGAUGAUAUCGACGAAGAUGAAGAGAGCGAAACUGAAGAAGACCUCCACUUAGACAUGGACGAAGGAGAUGCUAAUUCUAAGAAUAAGAGUGAAGAGAUGGACUUGGAACAUCUUGCAACGUUGGAAAGGUUGAGACAGAAUCAGAGACAAGAUUAUUUAAAAGGAUCUGUUUGUGGAAGUGUACAAGCUACUGAUAGACUCAUGAAAGAACUACGUGAUAUAUACCGAAGUGACAGCUUUAAAAAAGGAAUGUAUAGCAUAGAACUAGUAAAUGACAGUUUAUAUGAAUGGAAUAUCAGGUUGAUGUGUGUAGACCCUGAUUCACCACUUCAUAGCGAUCUCAUUCUUUUGAAAGAGAAAGAAGGCAAAGACAGUAUUCUUCUCAACAUGCUUUUCAAGGAAACUUAUCCGUUUGAACCUCCAUUUGUAAGAGUCGUACAUCCCAUCAUAUCUGGUGGAUACGUUCUCGUUGGGGGUGCCAUCUGCAUGGAACUUCUCACAAAACAGGGAUGGAGUUCGGCAUACACGGUAGAAGCUGUUAUAAUGCAGAUUUCAGCGACAUUAGUAAAGGGGAAAGCGCGUAUACAGUUCCAAGGAUCAGGCGGCGCUGGCAAAGUAUGUGGCGGACAAGGUCAAUAUAGUUUGGCACGUGCCCAACAGUCAUUCAAGUCUCUUGUACAAAUACAUGAAAAAAAUGGUUGGUUCACACCCCCAAAGGAGGAUGGCUAAUGAACACCGAUUAUCGAAAAGUACCGAAAAAUAUGAUACAUGCUUACAGCUGAGACUUUAAUUCGGUGUGUGUGCCCAACAAGUAAUUGUUAUGAUAAUGAUUUGAUACACAAACACAACAGUAACUAGGGAGAGCACCCGGUUCACGCGGAACACAUAAAUAAGCGACUGAAGUGACUGAUAUGUAAAGCAUGAUACAAGCAUAUAUGGAAAUUAUUACAUCCACACGUGUACCUGGUUACAGAUCCGCAUUCUAAUCAAGAUAGAACAACACGUAAUAAUCUCCCGUUUCGCUUGAACCGUGGUAUUUGAUCGUAUCCAUUUGAUACUCGGGAUAUAACGACUUUAUGUAUCGUGUUAAGUAUAUGAUAUAACUUAACUCAUAUUAUAACAUUUUCUGACGAGGGUAUAGACUUCCGGAUCGAAGCAACGUGUGUCGUACGCGUCGAGAGACAUCGCGAUUAAGAUUUCCUUUAUUUCCUUUAGUUUUUUUCACGCGAAUUUACGUAAUCGUCCUCUUCACCUUUUCCGAGAACUUUAUCUCGAAACGCCGUCAUCUUCUCGACGUGAACGAUGAUGUUCCCCCCCGAGUCUAAACCCAUAAGUUUAACUUAUGUCUUUACUCUGUCUGCGUACCUAUUUGCGUAAUUAUCUCAUCGGUCAAUCGAGAGACCGAGUAAUUUUUGUUAGUCGGUCACGUCGUCUCAUUGUCAAUAUCUAUAAUCUUAAGAUUAUUCUACGUAUCUUAAAUCUGCUCCACUUGUAUAUCAUUACUGAUUUGAGUGAAAGUUUCCAUAAUUCUAAUAUACCGACCAUUAUACUUUCUCUCUUUCUCCCUUUCUCUAUCUCUCGUUCUUUCUCUUUCUAUCUCUCUUUCUCUCUCACACCACAAUUUCAUGUUAAGUUACGUUAAUUAUUGUUUAGGAGAACGCUACGAAACACAAAAAAUAAAGAUUUUAAUAAAAAAAA